AUGCACACACACAUAUAUACCCAUGCAUACAUGCUAAUUAUCAGGUCUCGGAGCCCCAGGAAACAGCAUUGUUUGACAGUCUCUGAGAUGGCGCGGGGGAAAUAUAAGCUAUUAGUAUGUUCGUCCAUCAGUGAGACAUCACUAGUGACAACUGAUGGGAAAGGAAGAGAACAGAGGAGAGAGAAAAAGAAGUCCAUCGUCUGUGAUCACGUGAUAGUAAAGACUGAGAGGACUGGAAAAGACGUUCUGAUGUAUCGUCUCUGUUGGGCUAGUCAACACAGACUUCUCCUUGGGGUGACAGCUGCCACCUCCACCUUUCAGAAGCAUCAGUAG